AAAUGCUAACUGCCUCAAGCUUGUAGAUUUGUUCAGCAGGCAGCCAACAACCUUGAAGCUAGUAGACCGGCCCCCAGUCAGCUGACCGCGUUUUCAGGGGAAUGAGCGCGCCACAUUGGGUCGCGUCUCCAACAGCCAUCAGCAAUGCAUCAACUCGACUUGGAAAGACUCCUCAUUUAUUCGUUCAUUGUGUGCCGCUGAAGCCGUGCUGGCGCGGCAGUGCUCUACUUCCGGCACUCGUCACGCAAGUGACCACUGUAGUCCACAGAUAAUGCUCACUCUGUCGGGGCUUUCGACCUUGUAUGAUGUAUUACUCAGGGGAGUGUACCGUACCUACAGAGAACUUGUAACACCAUACGAGCAUCGCGAUGUGCUAACUUGGAAAACCGCGCCCAUUGCCUUAUUUUUCUUUGUCCCUUCGCUUGCUCUCGCCUUUUAUGCACGCAGACACGAUACCCGCAUGAUCUGCCUGCUCAUUCUACCGCUCUCGCUCAUGUGCACCGUCAUUUGCACCUACAGAUUCAAGAUCGAGGACUCACGCUUCCUCGCCCUGGAGUUCUUCCGCACCCUCAUAGCGUACUACAUCAUCGCGAAGUCGCUCUACUUCGCAUUCGCGCCUAAGCAGAGAUGGCUCAAGGUCGAGGAGAAGCAGCUACGGAGGGUUCACGAACCUCCUCUAAGGGCAGAUAAGCAGGCCUACACAAAUCGUCAGCUCCUCCCAACAUGGCUGUGCGACGCGCUCGAGCUCUUCCUGUCCGUGCGCGGAAUCGGAUGGGACUUCGGACGCGGCGUGUACGUGCCGCCGAGCACCCGUUCGUCCGCACGCGGCGCGUUCCUCAUCCAAACAGCGCUCUCCUUCCUGAAGCAUUUCCUCAUCUUCGACCUGUGCGACGCACUUCUCAAGCUCGUCCCCGGCGUUGGAACCCCCGAAGGCGGUACGAUCUUCCUCCAGCAUCUGCCGCCCGCGCAGCGCUACGCUGUCUCCACCGCGAUCCAGCUCCUCGCUGGGACGCUGAUCAUCUGCAGCUUGGAGAGCGGGAACGACCUCAUCUCGUUGUUCGCUGUUGGACUAUUCGAGUCUGAGCCUGCGGCGUGGCCGCCGCUGUAUGACAGCCCGUGGUGGGCGACGUCGCUCCGGGACCUCUGGGGAAGACGCUGGCACCAGCUGCUGCGUCACACCUUUCUCAUCAUCGGUGGGUACCCUGGGGGCUGGCUCUUCGGCCGGCCGGGCGCCGUGCUGGGCACGUUCCUCGCGAGCGGGGUGUACCACGAGCUCAGCCUGGGGAUCGCGGAGCCCCGCGUCACGCUGUUCUUCGUAUUGAAUGGGGUCGGUAUUUUGCUUGAGGAGGUCUGGGAGAGAUGGACCGGGCGGAAGAUGGGCGGUUUUGUGGGUUGGUUAUGGACGGCAUUUUGGGUAAUAGGUGUCGGACAGAUGUGCGUGGAUGCGUGGGCGAGAAGCGGGUUGGCUGGAGCGAUCAUUGUGCCGCCGCAGCUCAGUCUCGUGAGGCGCAUGCUGUUCCCUGCCAUUCAGAGCUACACCCUCUCUGCAUUGCCAUAAGUGGCUUCUUGCAAUGUCGCAUCAGGCAUACUGUCAAGCACAAUGAUCAUAGGUUUGAUUCUUAAAGAGACGUCAUUACGAUCAUUACGACGCUAGUAUAUGCAGCAUAACAUGAGAAAUAUUGUCUAGAUAGUACCGUUGAGUAGCGCUACAUAACGAUAGAAACAAUAUUAGUUCAAGCUGGGGUCACCUUGGUAUCGGGUGCAAUAACUGGCUAGUAUGAUGCAGAGAUAGAUAUUUAGUGAAAAUACGAUCCAUGUCUAUGCCAAUAUAGGCUUCAGCAGUGGGAACACCACCUGCCUGGUGAUGCUGAGGUGUUGUGGUACGAUAAAGCCCCCCAUGAGUCCUCGCAUGCACCAUGAAUUAGCUGGAUGACACCAUCCU